GGAUAAACUGGAGGAGGUGGCUGGGGAAAGAGGGAGGUCUCGGCGUCCUCUUAGGGCUGCUGCCCCCGCGACCUGUCCCCCGGAAAAGCGAAAGAUAGGUGGAUAGCUGGAUGGAUGGAAAAGAACAAAAAUGGCGUGGCGUCCACCUGGAGCCGGUAUCAUUUCCUAACUCAAAGGUUUUCCCUUGAUCUGCUGCUAUCUCUUGUUCUGACGCUGACUUGGCCCUUCACUGUCACAGGAGGUGCUGCUAUUCUCAAAGGGGAGGUCGGUGGAAAUGUGACUUUUCACUGCUCUGGUAAAUCAGUAAAGAACAUUGACUUACUUUACCUCCAAAGAGACAACGUCUUUGUUAAUGGUUAUUAUGAAUCUAAAAAAGUACCAGCAACGUGGAACAACACAAAGUUUGAUCGCAACACUUCAUCUGUGUUCAUGGAUAACCUAAAGGUCUCACACAGUGGGGAAUACAAAUGUCACAUUCGGUACAAAGACGAGCAGCUUAUUAAUGAAGACUCAAUAACCCUCAGUGUCACAGCAAAGUACAGCAGGCCUUUAUUCAGUCCUCCAGUCUGCAGCGAGGAAACCCAGAAUUGCCAGACAACGUGUACAUCAAAUAAUGGAUACCCAGAAUCCAGCAUGAUAGUUCAGGCUAUAGUUACCAGCACUAAUGAGACCAUCAGGCAGAUAUGGCAACAUGUGAAGUCUGUCUCUUCCCCAAAUCCAAGUACAUUGCUGUAUAACAUUACCACCGCUGUGAGUUAUAACUGCUCGAACGGGGAGAUAAAGUUCAGCUGCUCCGUGGGUGACGUCACUUCGGAUGAGUUCUCAGUCUGUGCUCAUCAGGAUCAACGCAGCACUGAUAUAGUAAUUAUGACAGCCAUUUGUAUACUGGUGGUGGUGGUGGUCAUGAUUGCAGGUGUUUUGUGCUGGAGAAGACGGACAGGAGGCAGUAUGAGGCUAGAGAGAGUAAAUACAAAUGAGGCGGUGGAAAUAUCACUUUGUGAAAAAAAUGGAGAAAAAGAAGCUGCUUGAUGAACCAGUGAAGGACAACAUUAAACCCACGUUCAAGGAUCUAGAGGGAAAGAUAUCGUCUCCUCUGUGUCAAUUACACACUGUGAUCAGCUGGUUCCACGCAAAAUAGGAAUAACCUCACCAGGCCUCGCCAAGAGUGAGUGACCCAUCACCAGGAACUACAUGCUAUUAACAUUUCACACUCAACACUUGUGACUUUUAGCGUUUGAGGAAGUAUCAUAUCUUGUUCUUUUACUGGUGAAGCAAAGUGCGUCAGUAAAGUGAGAGUGGCUGACUUCACUAUGUAAAAGCAAAAAAACAGACUUUAUCAGCGGUGUGCGGUUAGGUUGUUGUUGAAUACUGGAAAACUGUGACAGAAAUACCUCCUGACGCCGUGUGACGAUAGACGAAAAACAAGAAGUUAGAAGAAUUAUACAUAUGUAUGUUUGUAUUUGUAUACUAUGUAUAUGUGUACUUUGUUGUUACACCAACCACUGUGGGAAGAACCUGGCACACUCGCUACAAUGGUCACUUGUGGACUAUGAGUCAUUUGAAAAAAAGAAAAUACUGUCAUUGCUGCACUUUAAAAUCCCCUCCUGUACAUUUCUUCUGUAGCCAAUUUUUAAUGUUUUUUUCCCUAGAUUUUUAAACAACA